CCGCCGAGAAACACAGUCUCAAACGCGCGUCGAUAAUCAAUUUAAUAAAAACGAUACUAAAUAAGCGUUCAUCCUUUCAAGAAAUUUCUUCCUCAGGAACUCUUUAGAGAAAUUGCGAAUGUACUGCGAGAAAUGCCGUCAUAUAAGUAACUCGUUACACUUUAGCGUAAAUAACUCGGUAUCCCGGUGGAUCUCCGCGAUUCUGAGAGAUUGUUUUCCCCGUCUUCGGGCGCCUUCAAUCUCGGGACUUCAGUCGCUUUCCGAUCGACUUAAAGAGGUAAAUGUUUCUGUGCAGCAUCGUGAGCGCGCAUGUGGACGAGGGUAAAUCACCUUAGCGAGAGGGAUGUCUGAGAGCGACGGAGAGCAUGCAGCUCGCUCGGUGGCCUUAGAGCAAGCCUACGUCCACGAAGUAUACGAGCAAUGUGCCGAGAAGACCACGCAAAGUAAACACUGGCCACGAGUAUAUCAGUUCCUUCAGGAACUCGAACCGGGUGCCCUCGUCUGCGACAUCGGUUGCGGCAACGGAAAAUAUCUCAGCGUAAAUCACAGCAUUUUCAAAAUCGGGGUGGACCGAUGCAAGCGUUUCACGGACAUCGCGCGCGAGAAGGAAAACGAGGUUCUGAUCUGCGAUAAUUUGGCCCUACCAUUCCGAGAAGAGAGCUUCGAUGCGGUGCUGUCGAUCGCCGUGGUGCAUCAUUUCGCCACCACGGAGAGGAGGGUACACGCGUUGAAGGAGCUGGCGCGGGUCCUCAGGAUCGGGGGUCGACUCGUUAUAUCCGUCUGGGCUAUGGAACAAAAGCAUAGGAAGUUUGAAUCGCAAGAUGUUUUAAUACCGUGGCCCAAAUCGCAUUGCACGAGCGCAGCGUCAGACGGGACGAAGCAUUCGGGUGCAUCGGACGGUAACGAGAAGCGAGAUGAUGAUGCUGCACAGAAAUAUCCGUCAUUCUCCAAGAGAAAUAGCCAACGAAAAUGUAAAAGCAAGAGUUAUUGGAUCGAUCCGAUAUUCAGCUUGUCACCAUCCACCAGUAGCCUCUCUAGCCCGAAUGAGACCUGCUAUAGCUGUUUCCGGCGAGCGUUGCAGAAAUUAGCGAGGAGCAGACGCGGAGGUGGCGGUCGCGCAUGGUUUCCUGGAAGUUGGCAGAGCGGUACCAAGAGUCGGCGGCACUACGAUCCCGAGGACUCGACCGAUGUGGACGAGCUGCCAAUCGAGCUGCGCCGUGUCGAGACCACACACACGCUGACUGUGACGAACAAGCAUUCCACGGAUACGCUAAGCAUCAAAUCCAAAAGCUUGGGCGAUAUCCUGGAGAUCGAGCGGCUCGAUUUGGUGCGUUCCCGGUCCAGCAUCCCAUUUUACUCGACGUCUGAACUGAUCCUGGACGAGCGAUCAGUUUCGUCAUCGUCGAGCGGCUCAAAGCCGCGGCUGGUGAAGCAGAAGUCAUACGUGGAGGAAAUCGGUUUGGAGAAUCUUGAAGACACUGCCAUUGAAAACCUGAUCAAGGACCUCCCGGACUUCUCCUACCAGUCGUUGCGCAAGCGCAACGUACCGUUGAAACAAAGCUCGAUGAACGAGGAAUUGAUGUCGGCGGAACGGCUGGAGGAGAAGGAACGAGUGCGUCGGAACAUCAUGAAGCAGGCGUCGCUGAACGAGGAACUCAUCUGCAAGUGGCGGACGUUCGAGGCACUCAAGGAUUCGAUCAGCCCGGUGAGCGCCAGUCGGCGCUUCCAAUUGCUAAAGAACGGACUCACCAAUAAAAUCAAGCGCUCCACAACGAAUAUCGAAAAGGUCUCUAGCAUGUCUAUCAAGAAUGGUUUUGUUCGAAUGCUGCAGGGAUGGAAAUCCUGCGAGAACGAAUCAACGUCCGCCGCGACGGCGGAGGCAACGACGAAGUCGAAGUCAACGGACAAUAAGGUGCAACCAAUAACUGUGGUGAAACGUAGCAUCGAGGGUGUCGAACGUCGUCUCUCACGCGAAGACGGCUCGGACUCGUCCAAAGACAGCAGUCUGCAGAGCGACACCAGCGUAGACUCCGAAGAUAGUUUCGCAUCUGUGAUUUACGUGCCGAAGCAGGACGUCGCUGUCCCGGCACCGCCGGCGUCGUCCUCGGUCAAUGAGGUUCCUUCCGCGCCGCGACCGGUGGCAUUGCAGCUUGGCACAACGUCGGCACCGCCGUCGCCGCGUGUCAAGCAGCCGCUGGACGGUGGUCAAUCGUCUAGAUUCAAAGUGAUGAGCGUGUCGCCAUUGCUGAAACAGCAAUCGACGGGCACGAAUACGAAUACGAAUACGAGUGUAAACACGCAUCUUGAUGACGCGACAAAGCCUAGUGUGCCGACCGUCGACUGCGAGGAAGCGUCCGACACUGUACAGGCACCGGCCUCAGGAAAAUUCCAGCUCAUAUCGGAAUCGGUGGAACCAGACGUAGAGCCGGACACCACGUCGUUGAUACAUGCCUUCAACGACGUCAACAAGGUGGUCGGUCGCGAGCCGAUCGCGAGCGAGGACGACAGCCGAAAAGCUAGACUGAACCAGAUCAAGGAGCUGCUCAUAGCGAAGCCGGGCUUUGCGACGCGCGCUAGACCGUCGUUUCCUUUGGUAAGGCGUGCCUCCACGGCGGCCUCGGGUCGUCUGGAGACAGUCACGAGGAUUUUGCCACGUUUACUAUCCCUGGAAUUGUUCAAUCCGGAGACCGACGACUUGGACAGCGACUCCAGCGGCGUCUCGUCGCCGGAAUCAGUCGGCUCGGUGAUCAGCGUCACGUCGGACGAACGGUACAUCGCGAGGAGAGAGGCCGAAGGGAAGAGAAACAACGCACAGACAGACGAGAGUCUUUCCAAGUCGAGCGGUGACGAUGUAUCGAAGAGGACGAAAGAAACGGAAAGCAGUAUACGUGACGACGAGUCGUUGAGUAUGAAAACAACAACGUCACUCGAGGAUUCGAAUACACCUCUGGAUCCUCCGCACGACAACUCGUCCGGCGACACGGAGGACGACACGCCUCUCGCGGAAACCGAGAUGACGCGCGACACUUGUCAAAAUAACUUCAAAGCUGACACGAUCGGUCCCAUGUCGCGCAUCCUUCUGGACAGCGGCAAGUCCAUCUCCCCGCAGUCUAUGAGGCUUCUCGAGGCCGCCGCCAACGUGGCGAGCUCGCUGGAGGACGCUGUGGAGACAGCGAUUCAACGCAACGCCCAAGUAGAACAAUUCUCGCAAGUAGCACAACGGCGAAACAACGAUGGCUUCUGGUCGCAGUCGAACCUGCGAACGCGAGCGUACUUGAAGCAGGAUUGUAAAUCCGCUUCGGUAGAUUUGGGCGGCUACGCUGACGAAUCGAGCAGCGAUCUUAUACGAGAUAUCAGUCGGUACUGCCAGAACUCGUCGUUCGAUUUUCUCGAGGUCUGCCAGACGUCGAGGACCACGUCGUCGUCGUCGGACGUCGCGGAGAAUAACGUGGACGCGGAGUCGGACAUCACGGCCUGUUGGGACGGAUGCAAUCAAGUUCCCAAGGAGACUUCGUGGAUCGUAAACGAAGCAUACGACAGUAGUGGACACGACAAGUUCGCCAAUGUGGUCCAAUCCAAACUGAUACCCAAAUCCUCUAGAUCUCUCUGCGAGGAUGUCGUUUUGGAGUCUGAAUUCGAUCGUAAAUUUCCACGCGAUUCCAAGUACGAGGUUGAGCUCGAACCCGAGCCCAAAGCUACAUUCAUAUCCAAAUACGACGAAACGUUUAGAGUCAAUCGCGAAUCCGAGGAGAAAUUGAAAGCUGAAGUCGACCUCGUAUCUAGAUUCAAUCCCGAGUCCAAUAGUAAUCUCACGAAUGGUAGCAAAAAGUCGUUUAUCAAUGCUGAAAGCACGCUCAAUCUCCAAUCGGGAGCAGGACGUAAAUCCAACAUUAAUCAGGAGCACUGUCGCUCCGCCAACACCUCGUCGUUGUUGCGCAGCAACUCGGACGACGCAUUGGACUUCGUGAUGGUGUCGAAGACGGGCGAGUUCGAGUGCGAGGAAGCGGUGGAGAGCUCGAAGGCGGCCGGGAAGUGGCGUUCCUCUCGGAGCGGGCUGUCGAUGGACUUGAGCGACGUAGGCGACUCGCUGAUGGAGAACGCGGCGACGAGCCUGAGCGACGGCAGCCAAACGGCGUCGACAGCGAGGCUGUUCACCGGCAGCACGGUGUCAUUGGUGUCGAAUCCGAACGUGGGCAGUACCACUCGUCGGUGCUCGGUGGAGCGACGCAGACUGCAGGAGCGCGGCCGUUCGUUAGACGAGAUGUCGAGCGACGCGAAGAGGCGGGACACCGCGGGCUGCCUGGUCACCGCGAGCACCGACACCCUGAGCAACGCCUCGUCCCAGGAAUCGUUGCCCUCCGAUCGCGGCGGCGGCUCCAUCACCUAUCACCAAUAUUAUCACGUCUUUCGGGAGGGCGAGCUGGAUCAGCUGAUCAACAAGUACGUCGAGAACCUGCAUAUCAUCUCAUCGUAUUAUGACCACGCUAGCUGGUGCGUCGUCGCGGAAAAAGUGCAGGUCUGGACUAUAUGACUUCGGAUACGGAUCAUCGUAUGAAGGACCAGCGGCUGCCGCGACUCGCUCUCGGCCGUCUUCGCCAAGCUGUACCCGGGUGUCUCGAUAGGAGAUGUCAGCAAGAAGGGAUCAACUAGGUUCAACUUUAAUGAAAAUUCGCAUCUGCUUAGUUUCACUUUUCAGUCGGAAAUAGUUCCCGAUUUACUAAUUCAAGAAAAUGAGUCGCAGACCUGAGAAACUGGGAAUGUACAAUUCCCCGAGUCCUUUGAUUUUUUUAUGUCUAACACGGUUCGCACCACUUAGGACUUGGAAUACGAAACGGCGUGUCGGAAAGAAUUCUUACUUUCGCGAUAAGAGUACUGAUCCCUCUUUUUUUGGGGCACACAGUACACUCCGGUGGGCGAAUUGAAUGCGGUUAAGCGCGCGAAAUUCUCGGUUCGAGUGCGUGGUUUACGACUCUAAAUCCGUAGAUCUAAGAGUCCAAGGAUCUCAAAAUUCAGGGGUCCAAGAAUCCAAGGAUUUCAAGGCUCAAGGAUUUCAUAAUAAUCCAAGUUAACGAGUUGACUUUCUAACGGUCCGUUCUGAAAAACUCUGCGACGACCUAUAUCGCUAUUGAAAUAUCGCUUUGCGCUCGUUGAACAUUCCUUUCACGUUUAUCUCAUCAAGAUAUCUCUGUCCGUGAUGUCACUGAAGUGAUGCAGGAAUAUGACUUUAAGGAUUAACGGUAGAAAGUAACGAAUCAACAUUGCAUUAAAUUGAUAUGUCAUGUAAUAUCCGUCGAUAAAACGGCAUUUUUUAAUUUUCUUUCGGUACUGUUAAUCGGCUUGUAUUAAUUGCAUAAAUGACUUUCCAUGUCCACGGCUCGUUUGGCUUUAGCCUCACUUCAGGGACGUUCGGGACCGCUCAUUUCAUUUAUCGGACUCGCACAUCUCGGAACAACGAUUGCAGAAAGCAUGAUUCUUCGAGGACGCAUCGAAGUAAAAGAGGAAGGAAACGUACUGUUUGCUCGAGGGGUGUUAGUUUUCUCGAAGAGUGGUGCGAUCUGAAUGUACAUGCGUUAAGCGUAAAAGUUCAGAGAAAAAAAAAACAUUCAGAAACGGCAAUUGGCUCCCGGCUGCGGGGCGUAUUUUCUAGCUUCUCGAGGAACCGACAAUAUCCGAACGCUUGAACGUAGAUAUACCUCAAUAAUGCGAACGUUCCACUUCCAGAAAUGUAUACACAUGCAUACUAUACAUGCAUACGUUUACACACGUGUUUACGUACAUUGUACACGUACUAGGGUAUCUCUUAUUUGUAGAAAAAAUUUUACACAAUGAAUUGCAUCGGCGUAUUUAGCUGUCGGCGUUGAAAUUGACAGCGAAAUUAGAUACGACGUAGAACGGCGACAUUUCCAACUCGAAUGAUUUAUAGAAGCAAAUAAAAUGUAGAAAGUGAAAUGCUUGCGAUAAUCGGACAAGAGCAAGUAAGGGACAUCCUGAUACACAUAUCUAUUCACACACAUAUAUACACACACACACACACAGAGAGGUAUACAUAUACACAUACGACAUACGUACGUACAUACGUGAUACAUAUACUAUAUUAGGAUAUAAGGAUUCAAGGAUCCAACGAUCCAAUGAUCUAAGGGUUGAAUGCUUAUAUCCUUGGAUUCUUCGCCCUAGGUUUUUCGAUUCCUCAGAUUGGUUUUUUUUCGUUUUACAGUCUUACAGUCUUACUCAUUAACGCCUGGACCUGCAUUUUUAUCAUCGUUUUCCUCAUCUACACAGAUCUCCGAGUUCCAGACUGUAUGUAUUGCACUACCACAGACUUCUAUUGAAGCUGUGUGAACUGCAGCCUGAAACUCAUCAAUAUAAAGAUUAUGAAAAU